CAUAUGCACAUGCUACACCUAUUUCAUACCAUUCUUCAGUCACCACCAAAAGGGUAAUUCAAGAAACCUACUAAGUAACAAUGAAUGCUUCAAGGCCAGACCGGCGAAGAUUCAUGUUCACCUCUUUCUUCUUCAUCUUUUUCCUCUGCGUCUUAGCUUCCAUCAAUGAAGUUCGGUUCGACAACUUACUGAAGUUGGGCAGAUGUGCUUUCUCCAACACAUCUUCCACAAGUUUUCUUGCUACAAACCCUGCUGCCUCAAGCGACAUCGGCAUCCGCAUACUCAUCGGCAUCCUGACGCUGCCGGAUCAGUACAGCCGCCGCCAUUUCUUGCGCCUUAUAUACGGUACGCAAUCUUCUGUGGGCGCACAGGUUGAUGUGAAGUUUGUAUUCUGCAACCUGACAAAAGAAGAUCAGAAGGUACUUGUUGCACUUGAGAUAAUGCGUUACGAUGACAUUAUCAUACUCAACUGCAAGGAGAAUAUGAACAAGGGUAAGACCUACACUUACUUUUCGAGCUUGCCAGAAAUGUUCAACGACACCAGUAACCCUAAUUCCCCUCCAUAUCAUUAUGUAAUGAAAGCUGAUGAUGAUACCUAUUUUAGAUUAGAUAAUUUAGUGGAGUCACUGAAGCCAUUGCCUAGAGAAGAUUUAUAUUAUGGCUAUGUGAUUCCAUGUCCUAGCAUGGACCCUUUUGUGCAUUACAUGUCUGGAAUGGGGUAUAUGGUUUCUUGGGAUAUUGUGGAGUGGAUCAGAGAAUCUGAAAUACCCAAGAAUCAUUUGGAAGGCCCAGAGGAUAAAACUUUUGGGGAAUGGAUUAGAGAAGGGCAUAGAGCAAAGAACAGAUAUAAUGCUAAAUGGUCCAUGUACAACUUUCCUGAGCCACCUACAACUUGCACACAUGAGCUCUGGCCAGACACUAUUGCUGUUCAUCUGUUGAAGAAUCAAGAGAAGUGGAUUCAGACAUUGAAGUAUUUUAAUGUUACUGAUAACCUUAAACCUUCUAAAUUGUAUCAUAUACAUUAGGUAUUAACUACAAUACUUUGAUUUUUAUUCUGUUUUGUCUUUUUAAAUUAGAGACUAAUAAUUCUUUUUCCUUUUCUUAAUAUUUUUUUUUCUA